UGCCGUAUAUGUUAUCGAUAAAUCUGCGGUCACAGUGCUGUAAAUUAAAAAAAACAACACAAAUUAAAUAUUAAUUUAGGAAUCUGCGACUAUUUGCGUCAGGUUGUAAGUUCGGUUCUUAGCCCCCCAUAGGACCUCAAAUGAGAUCUAAGGAACAUGCGUAAAUAUCAACAGCUGGUGCUGUUGCUCAUCUCCUGCUUGAGCGUGGGCAUACUCUUGAUGUACAAGACCGAGAACAAUCGGCUAAAAUAUGUUCUCAAGUAUGUAAACUUCUUUGGGCGCAGCGACGUUGCCGUAUUGCGCCGCUUGGAGAAUGGAACCAAGGAAGAUCUGCCACAAGUGGCGCUAUGGCGGCCAAUGCCAGUGUGGCAGGUCAUUGGGGAUUCCUUCCAUGCCUACUCCGCCUACUGGAUGCGCAAAGAGUUAGUGGCCGGCGGAGAAGCUCACGUUCUCGUUGUUGGCAAACAGGGAGCUGUUGUGGACUUCCGAUGUAGCCUGGCUUUUGGCGGGACGCGUACUGUUCAGGGAAAAUUUCGAUUUCAACUCGAUGGCAAGGUGAACGACUUAAGCACAAACUUUACCAGCUACCAUUUCUUCUGUCAAGUGAGCCGCGAUUUCGGCCAGCCAGAGAGCGUAUCGUUCACGGAUAUCACGUCUAUCAAGAGCCCAGUCAAGUUACGUUUGCAUCAUCUCAAGCGUGCGAGUGGGAAUACAGACGUCAAGGCAGCAACAGUGCCAGCCCGCUUACCGGCGACAGUCUGUGUGGAUCUUGUGGGUUUCAACAUGACAUCGAGAUUCGGCCGCAGCGAAAAUGCCCUGAUUCAGUUCUUUCUGAUUCAUAAGGCUCUCGGCAUUGAACACUUUCUAGUAUACAACUUCGAUGAGCUGCCGGAGAACAUAAUCCGCGUUCUGGAUCGCACAAAUAUCCACCUGUACGGGCUUCCCUUCAACUUUCCCUUCCAGCAAAGCAACGAAACUGCUAGGCGAGUUCGCGAAAUCAUCCACACCGAUUGCUUGCUGCGGAAUGUUAACCAGGCCAGCUUCACCAUACUACUACAGCCGAACGAAGUGUUCUAUCCAAAUUCACGCUUUGCUGCCGAACGUUCCCAGAGUUCGCUUCAGCAGCAGCUACGACACUUCUCCGCCGACACAGCGCGCUUCGAGCUGGCCACGUUUUCCGUUUGCUUUGACGAAGAGAAGAAGCUGCUGCUCGACAAUAUUCAAUAUGACCCCGAACGGAAAGCUUCCUACAAAAUGCUCCUACAGCGCCUAGAGCUGCCUCCGACACAGCUUCUGGCGAACACGGCGCAUGUUGAGCUUUCGCUGUCCACCGGGUUGGCGCAUCGCUAUGUGGACUGCUCCAAUGUGGGUGCGGAUGGUCUCCAUGACUGGCGCAAUGGAGUGCGUGCAGACUUCAUGGAACAUAUCAACACUCUCCGGAAUGAGGUGGAUCUUCUGAUUUAAGCUAAGCCCUUCCUUUGUGUGCUAUUCUAAGUUUAAGUUUUAGGUUACAUGUAGCUCAUCGUUUGAGAGAUUACUUGACUGCCAUAAAGAGAUUGUCCAGAAAUUGUAUAUUGGAUAUAUAAUUGGACAAUUAUACACACUGAAUCCACUAUAA